ACACAACAUCCUAUUUUUCUCGCACUGCGCAAAUUCUGUCGCAGCAGACUUGACUUGGUCUCCGUUUCGCAAGCCCGCCUGCCCUCUGGAUUACUGCGAUUGUCUCGUUAGCUUCGAGCAAGCGCUUGAUUCGUAGUAGAUUGCAAGGCCUCCUCGUUCGAUUGCGCGCACCAAGGUGGGCCGACAUCUUCGGUUGCCCCGACCCUAGACGCAGAGAGUUUUGCAAGGAGUGGUUGCCUGGACCGUUCAACCUCACUAUCCUGCUGCCGCCAGCAUCUCUGUUUGCUUGGGAGAUCUCAUUGCGAACGCAAGUCGAGCGCACCUUCGAGGACAUCGGAUGCUUAGGCAGAAUCGGACACUUGUUGGCCCGAGUCAAGUCACCCCGCGGUCGCCUUGGAUCUGAACCGCGCUCGGCGAGUUAGUGUUCUUGGUGCGCGCAUCUCAGGUUGGAGGUUUGCAGAGUGAAAAUUCUCUGUUGUAGCCAACAACGUGUGUCCCUCAUUUGUGGAAGUUAAAACGGAGAUUAAGAGUUGGAUAUCUGAAAAUGACACCCACACCACCAUCUUCGAACACAUCGAAUAGCGGCCAGUCGCCAGAUGGCCAGUUCAGAGUCGUGCGCAAGCGCAAUCGAAUUCCCCUGUCAUGUGGGCCAUGUAGACAUCGAAAGCUGAAAUGCAAUAGGUCGCAUCCAUGUGACAACUGCAUCAAACGGGGAGAUGUCGACGCUUGCACAUAUGCCGCUCCGAAUGCAAAAAGGAAGAAUACAUCACACAAUGGUACAGCUAGUGGAAAUCCAGACGAGAUGCAGAACCGAAUCGAUCGGCUGGAGAGCCUAGUAUUAUCAUUAAUGACAAAUGGCGCUCAGGCUGCAGGACCUACUGCUGCAAACGCAGCGAUUGCCGGAGUGGGGCCAGCUUCAGGCAGCAGCAUUGGCGGUAGCUCGCCACGAUUCCAGCUUGAUGCUGAGAGCGUGCGAGAGGAGCCCGAGGACGCUGAGGAUGGCGACGAGAGUGAGGUGGACAAGAUGUCGAAGCAGAUGGGCGUGAUGAAGAUGGACAGUGGAAAAACGAUUUUCGCGUCAGAAGCGCAUUGGUAUUCAAUACUUGCUGAGAUUGCCGAAGUAAAAAAUCAUUUCGCAGCGCACAAGAAGGAGUUUGAGGAACAUUAUAACAACGUCAAGCAGAAGGCAGAGGAAUUAAAGAGAGAGACGACAAGUUUCUUUCCAUUCAUUACUGAGAAGCCUGCGAGCCAUAGCGAGAUUCUAGCCGCUUUUCCAAACAAACAAACUACUGAUGUUUUGAUUUCGCGCUUCUUCAACACACAUAAUUACGAUCCAGCAUUCCAUAUCAUCCAUGGUCCCACAUACCAACGGCAAUAUGAUCAACAUUGGAUCAGUCCAUCAGACACUCCGUUGAUAUGGUUGGCCAUGACCUAUGCAAUGAUGAGCAUAGCUGUGCAGUCCUUCAUUCGAGCCGAGGACGGCCCACCAGAAUAUAGGGAAGCAUUACCCAAAAUGCUUAGAGAUUAUCGCCGACUCACUGCCCAAUGUCUCAUUCUUGUAGAUAUUACGGCACCAAUCACCUAUAUGCUGGAGACUUUACUUCUUUGUGUAAUAUCGGAGCUUGGGCGUACGCGAGACGCUGAGACAGGCCCUCUUCUAGGAGUAAGCGUCAUUGUUCGUCUUGCGAUGAGAAUGGGUUACCACAGAGAUAGCAGAGAUUUUCCACAAGUUACGCCGUUCCAGGGAGAAAUGAGACGUCGAAUAUGGACAGUCGUGCGGCAUUGCGACCUGCUAUUUUCCUUGCAGGCAGGAUUGCCUCCAAUGAUCCGACCACACGACACAAAUACGGCACCGCCUCUCAACAUCUACGACGAUGAACUAAGCGAGGAGAUGAAGGAGCUGCCGGCCUCCCGGCCUCUGACAGAGACGACUCCAAUGACCUAUAUCAUCUACAAGAACGAACUCAUUAACGCGUAUGCGGAGAUUGUAGAAGCAGUUCAGGGUUUCGCCAACUGCUCGUAUGAACAGGUCAUGAAAAUGGAUCACAAGCUACGCGAAAUCCAUGCAAACAUUCCGCCAUUGUUCCGCAUGCGAAGCAUGAAUGAAGCUCUUAGAGAUUCCUCCGCUGUAGUCAUGCAAAGGUAUAUAUUAGACUUGCUCUUUUUGAAGAGUCAAUGCGUCCUGCAUCGCAAGUUCAUCUGCCCCUCCCGGGAUUCAACACGAUAUGUAUAUUCGAGACGAAUUGCGAUUGACAACGCGAUGGAGAUGUUAAAGCAUCAGGCAACUCUUCAUAAUGAGUCGAGGCCCGGUGGUCGUUUAAGCAGCGUUAAGUGGUUUGUCUCGUCACUAACAAGCAACGACUUCCUCCUGGCUGCUAUGAUAGUAGCUUUGGACUUAUACCACACGGCAGAGGCCGAGCGUCAGGGGAGACGUGCGUCCAACGAUUUGUACGACUGGUCGCACGAGCGGCGGACCAGCAUGUUGCAGACUCUUGAGCAAUCGCGCAACAUCUGGGCCACGCUCCAGGACCAGAGUAUGGAGGCUCUGAAGGCGUAUGGCGUACUAUCCGCCAUGCUGGGCAAGCUGCAGUCACACGAAGAACAGCUCCGGCGUGUUGCGCAAGCCGCCAACUUCGAUGCCAAGAGCUUCCACCAGAAUGGAACAGAUGGUGACGACUCUACGGUUGCUCCCGAGCAUUCCGCUGCGAUGACACUAGGCUUGCUCAGUUCGGGUGCGAUGACCGGCGACGCAGCAAACAUGUUUGCCCAGUAUAGUACACCUGGGCAGCCGAACACUAACACAUCAACGUCUGGAAUGAAUUCGAAUUUCUUCGGCACCGCGGACACGACGAACGUGCCCAUGUCUUCAUCUAGUCCGUUCUCAAGUUUGUUUGGUCCUUCGAGCAACAUGUUCAACAUGGAUGUGGCGGGCAACAACGGCAACAAUAUCGAUUGGGACGCAUGGGACUCGUUCUUGCAGAACGGGAACGUUAACAUGGACGGCACUGCGGGUUCCACAAAUACAAUGACCACACCGAACAUGUCGUCCGGCUUCGGCAUGUGGCCAGGUGGUAUGAAUAUGAACAUUGACCUACCAGGCAUGAGCGGAACGAACGGCACUGAUAUUUCUACUGGCGACGUGGGCAAUAGCACUGCAUCACAAACGCAAUCGCCGUCACAAUCGAGCGGCAACUUCCCAAUGGUCAGCAACGUUUACUUGGGCGCCAGCACCCCGAGGAGCGCUUUUUGAGAGAGGCAGACUCCAAGCAUGAUGAUAACCUGUGCACAUUUAGCUUUUGAAGGCACGGGGAGACAGAGCGACCGGUCUCCCGCGACUGUGGCAGAGUACUGCGAAGGAAGGUCCUCAUCGUCACAGCUUAAUGCUCGGGACGGGUUGGCGGGCAGCACACCGACAGCUACGCGGGCGUUGAGCGAAGUUGGUUAGCAUGUGGAAAACAUAUUCUAGGAUCUCUCACAUUUUCGAGAGGCGGCCCAACAGUGUCCAAGCUGCAUCGAUCAACAUUGUAAUUGCUGCCAAGGUAUCCAAGGUCGGGAUGAGCACGCAGACAUGCAUACUUAUCCAUUCGCUUCUGAAGCACACACUUACAUACGCAAACACACGUGCAGACUCGCACGCGCGAAGGCCAUGGAGGUUUCUGAAGAGAAUAGGGUCAAUUCGGAUGCGAUCGGAAAUAUUUUUCAUUUACUAUCAUUUUCCAUAACGAGCUUCCCCUUGACGCUCGUUGAGACGAAUGACCGUCAAGUCCUGGACAACUGCGACGAAAGAGGUACAGGUAUUUCACUCAACUCACAAUUGUUACGUUCUGGUAGAAGGGGUUUUUUUUUCCUGCUUCCCUGUUUUAUAUGCGAAUGAUGACAUAACACACUAGUACGUAGCGCAGCACCUGUUUUCACCCCUUGUUUGCUGGUUGGACGAGCAGUCUAGCGAGUUUUGAUUGAGGGGAGAAAACUCUUCAAUUGCAAGAUUUCUCAAAUUGGGGCUUUCCGAGACUCUACCUCAGAAAGCACUUUUCACCAAGCUGAUUUCUCUCUCUCUCUUUUAUAGAUCUGUAUGAUUUUUUUUCUUCUUUCCUCCUUACAAACGUACGGCUACAACAAGCGUCGAUAGCGGCGGCGGCGACGGCACCAGUAGCAUCAGCGCCAUCGUGACGAGAAAACAUGCCUUGUCAGGAGACACCGAAGCCCUUCCAACGGGUCCUCCGUCUUCUUUUCUUCAGUGCAAGCGAAUAGCAUCGUCAAAUGCAAUCUUUUCGGCAAUGUCACCGUCGCGAAGACACUGUUUUCAUUUAAUCCCUC